AUGCAGCUGUCGAUUUUUUUGCUAGGUGUAUUGCACACUGUAACCGCUGACCGGUUCUGGAGAUCACCGUUUUACCGAUCCUUUGAGGAGUCUCUCUCGGAAUGUGCGGACUAUUUCAACCUGUCGAGCCUUACUGUUGAUCGAUACAUGCGGGAUGGGUUCCCGAAUGAGCCAAGCGUAAAAAAGGUGAUUCAUUGCACCCUAAUCGAUUUGCAGGCAUGGGACUCUCAACUUGGGGUCAUCGGUCGACAGCUCAUCGGAUCUUUGAGUGGUGGCCAGUUCAACGAGCAAAAUGAAGAGCGUAUCCAAUGCUGUCUACGAAAUUCACAAGUCGAUGACCUGAAGAAUCACGUUUUGGAACGGGCUUAUCAUUCUUUCUUAUGCUACUUCAAUGUGUAUGAAUUCUCCGGCAGCAGCAGUCAGCAGUAUCUUCGCUACACCGAUGACAUUCAGAAGAGGUUUAUGCGUGAAGCCAUUUUAAUCCAGAAUGUACAAGUGCCAUCGUUAUUGGAAUAUUGUAAAGAGAAUCCUGUGUCACCACCGGAAUGGUCAAACGUUGCCUUUACCUUCUUUAUCAGAACUGGGUUCUACAGCCAAGAGAAGGGUUUCAAUUUUGAGCAUCUCUACGCCCAAUUUGGAGCACUGGAAUUGCUUGGGGAAGAGAUUAAAACGUGUCAGCACAGGGCUGUGUCUCAGUUUUGUGUGGAGCCGCAACGUGCAUUCCAGAUUUUCGAACAGUGUCUCAUUCCUUACGUAACGACGUACGAAAUUCUGCAUGCAGCUGCCAACGAACUAGUCACGGAAGCUGGCCUCGUAUGCCCAAAUGAUUCAAACCCAUCAGCUUCAGUGCCGUGUUACAAUGGUUAUAAACCGAAAAUCGAUUUUUUGAUCGCUGAUACAACACAAGGCACUACGAGGAUAACAAGACCAACAACUAGAACAACAAAUCGAUCAACAACUCGUCGUCGAGUUACAGUCGAUCCAGAAAAGCUUACAUAA